AUGAAGCCUUGUGGCAAGUUUGAAUAUCCAUGCGGAGAUGGAAGUUGCAUUCCAUCAGAACUUGUUUGUGACGGAAAAGCUCAUUGUUUUAAUCGAACUGAUGAACUUGAAGAAGUUUGUGAAACAAUUCAAUGUCCGAAAUAUGCAUUCAGAUGUUCAUAUGGACCAUGUAUUGACAGAACGAAGCUUUGCGAUCGUAAAAAAGAUUGUCUCGAUGGUUCUGACGAAUUGAAAGCAAAUUGUAAGGAAGAGGAAGAAAAUGCUUUGGUAGGAUGUCCAAUCGACAAAUAUCGUUGCUUUUCAGGUGAAUGUAUCGAUCCAGUAAAAGUUUGCGAUGGUUCCAUCGACUGUCCUGAUGAGUCUGACGAAGAAAAAUCAAUAUGCUUGAAAGCAUUCUGUCCAAAGUUCGCAUUUCGUUGUCGUUAUGGUGCAUGCAUUUCAAAAGACUCACGAUGUGAUGGGAAAAUUGAUUGCGUUGAUGGUUCUGAUGAAGAUGAAUUGUUAUGCGGUUCAAGUCCGCAGUUUCAAAAAAUUAAAGCCAAUGAUACACAGAAAAUACCACCAGGAUCAUGUAAACUUCCGAGCAGAUCCGACAUCCGUUACAUUAAUGAAAUAUUCCAAGAAGAGUACAUGGCGGGUGCCUAUGUUAACAACGGAGAAUACAUCGAAAUUAAAUGCACACCCGGUCAAGGAAUGAAUGUCAGUGAAGACUUCGAUUAUUCCAACACUUGCAACAACUCUGAGUGGACUAGAAAAUGGAUUUCAUUUCCAGAAUGUCAAACUAUAUGCAGUGGUGGUGAUGUCACUGGAAUAACAAUCAAAACAAUUUGCGAGUUGAAUGGAAAAAUCGUGCCUUGUAAUCAACAACACAUUGUCGGAACAGAAUGUUACAUUGAAUGUGGCUCAUAUUAUGAAGAGCCAAAAGAUGGAACGCAUUUGUCGAAAAAGUUGACAUGCUUGUCAUCAGGAAGUUGGGAUAAAUUAGCACUUCGAUGCGAACCACGAUGUGGGAGAAUCACUCAAUUUUCAACUGCUUAUGUUGUCAAUGGAAAGAAGGCACAAAAUAUUGCUGAAGUUCCAUGGACUGCAGCCAUUUACAAGAGAAAUAUUUUAAUUUGUGGAGGUUCCAUUGUUUCUGAAAGACUUAUUAUAAGUGCUGCACAUUGUUUCUUCCGUGAACAACCUUCAAGUUUAUCAGAAAGUGUAGUACUCGAAGACACUGCACUCUUCAAAAUUGCUGUCGGAAAAUAUUUUCGAAAUAUUUCCGCAUUUGAAGAUUUCGUCCCUCAAUUCUUUAAUGUCAAAGAAAUCAUUUCAGUUCCUGGUUACGAUGGAUACAUGGGAUUCUUUUCUGCCGAUUUCGCUAUUAUUGUGCUUGACGAUUUUAUUGUGUUCCGUCAACAUAUUGCUCCUAUUUGUGUUGAUCGAGAUCCUUUGUUGCAAGAAGAAACGGUUGUUAAGCAUGGACUUAUGGGAACAGUUGGUGGCUGGGGCUUCACUACAGCUGGUGGUGAGCCCAGCGAUUAUUUAAAAAUUGCUAAAUUGCCAACAGUUGACUAUUCUAAAUGUAAACGAGAAGCACCUCAGAACUUCAAACAGUUCGUUACCCCAGAUAAAUUCUGUGCUGGUGGAGGCACCGAUGCCGUUUGUCAAGGUGACUCUGGGUCUGGUUUGACUUUCCCGCAAACAGUUGACAACGAAGAAAUUUAUUAUUUACGAGGAAUUGUCAGUAACGCAAGACAAGUCGAUGGUGAAUGCGAUUUAAACUUCUACACAAUGUUCACUAAUGUUUAUCACUACAUGAGAUUCUUAAAUUCAGCUGAAAAAAGAUUUCCAUCAACAUAA